AUGUGUGUAUAUAUAUACAUAUGAAAAUAGAGAGAGAGAGAUAUAGAUAGAUAGAUAGAUAUAAUGUUUUAGGAAUAUCAUAGUUAAAAUUCAGGAAGGUUUUUUCAACUUUCUUUUGGCAAAUUGUAAAUUUUUAGAAUUUAUUUAUUUUACUUGUUAUUAUUUUUAUUUCCCAUAUUACCCAUGGUUGACUUUCUACCACAUACUUGUCUAACUAUUACGUUUUUUCCUCAUUUGCUUUUAAUAUGUAAUACAACUAGAUUCGGUAGCUUCCCGCAGUUUUAUAUGAGAAUGUACUAUCAGUUUUGUUCUUCUGAAAUCGUCUAAAUUGGAAGAAAUGAUACUUCUGCUGCUAUAGAAGAAUACACAAAUAGUAAGCGUUCUGUUGCUGUCUCCUCGUUGGAGUUAGGAAGGCUACUUUUCUUUGUGGUAUUAAUUUAUCUGAGGUAAAUUGAUUGCUCCCUUUUAUUUUCUGUUUACGAUUAGAAAAAAAAAAUCCCAGCAGUCAUUUGUAAAAUCCCAGAAAAUCAAAUGCCUAUUGAACCUGGGCUUUCUCUACAUCAGAUUUCAAAUUCAUGUUUGCCAAGCCUUGUAUCAUUAACUGUAUUGAUUUUAUUAGGCUUGCAUGGAAAUCAUGCAACACACUACUGCAAAGUGCCUCUCUUAUUCCUCUCCUCUCCCAGUGUUCAGCGUCCUCUUCCAGUUUCAUCAUUAACAAGUGGAUUUCGUAAGGAUGAAUGUCAGGCCGCUGACGUUAAUUCACGGACUCACCUCAGACUUGUGGAGAUAAAAUCUGUUUGCCGGAGGUUGAUCUCAUAGCUUUACUGCUUGUAUCUUCCUUAUUGUAAGUUGUAAGGAUUGUUGACAGAAGUACAAUAAACUUGAGCAACUUUUACUCUUUUAUUAACUUCUUUCCUUGAGUGAUGAGGAUUUCCACGAGGCAAUUUGAGCAAAAUGCAAGUCCUGGGUGUUAUUGUACAUACAGAUGAAAUAUUCUGCCUUCACAAGUUGGCUUAGCUUCAACAUAAAUUUAUAGAUAUUUUGUAGUAAAUGUUAAUAUAAAUAGAAGUAGUUUAGCAAAUUUAGUCUCACUUUUAAGUGUUUUUUGUUGUAGUAAUAUUGUAUUUCUAGUCUCAGGGUAUUCUUUAAGCCAGUUCUUCUUGUAGUAGGUAUUAGUGUAACUGAACAAUAAGUAUGAAUGCUUUACCUCAUUUUGUUUACUCUACAUAUUUACUAUUCUAGUAAAGCUUGAUUAAUGACUGCAGUAAAGCAUUAGAUGCCAACUAAAAUUUCAAAAGGAUUUGGAUAACCAGUUUAUCACUAGUGUAUUUCAGAGUACACCAGAUACUGUAUCUCUAGGUGAGUAGUAUCAGUGAGCUUUGUAUGUGCUGUCAUUUUAUUACGUUUUCCAUCACUUUUAUCUGAUCUUAUCUUUCAUUUACUUUUAUAUUUGUACUCAUUUAUUUAUUUGAUUUAAAGGGAAUUUUUUUAUCACUUGGGAUUAAGAAGGCUUUAACAUGCAGAGUAGGAUGCAGCAAACUAAUGCCUAUCUCCCCUACAGGCGGCAGUACCAUGUCAGCCCUGGAGAGUCUCGUUGGGUCGUUAGGCGGAUCCACUGAUGAAAAUGAAGGAGACUUAAUUAGUGUGGGAGUAACAACCAGUGGAACAACUUGCUUCAACAACACGAUCUCAGAUGACCCCCUAACUACCCACGAUUCAGGUGCAACAGAUCUCAGUCAUCGCCUCUCAUUCCACAUGGCAGAUGUCCAGUUAUCGCUUGCAGGAGGUGGGACUCUAGGGUCCUCUUCACCUUAUACUCAGCCUUCAAGACAGCGAUGUCAUUGUCCCACUUGUGGACGCAUGCUCAGUCAGAGGAGGAAUCUCAAGCAGCACCUGAUCACAACUCACAAAAUGUCACCUGAUGAUGCCACAGUUAUUGUGAAAAGAUAUAAUUUUGAACUCCUUGUUGAUGAGCCCUCAAUCCAGCCUCUUCCACAGCCACCGCUUCCCCACCUCCCCUCCCUUCCCUCCCCUCCUCUGCCUCUGCUUCCGAACAUCCAACCUGUCUCCCCGCCAACCAUUUUUUUACCACCUAAGAGUCCUCUCUCCUCUUAGCCCUUAGUCCUCUUGGGCUGAUUGCAUAUAGAAGUCUGUGGUAAUGACUUUUUCUUUAAAAUGAAUCCUUCAUUUUAUUUUUUUACUGCCAUUGAAUUCGUAUUUGUUGCAUUUUUUAGCAAGUGUUCCCGUCUUAUCCCUUGAAAUUAUUUCUUUUCAUUUCUUAUUUCUUUUUCUUUCUUUUUUUGUCAUAAUAUAUCUCUUGCUGGCCAUUUUUAUGAAAUAUUCAUAUGGUCUGUUUGUUUCAAUUACAAAGUAUAUACUUCCAAAGGGCUGCACUAGUGAUAUAGGGUCCAUUGUAGUCAUGAGAGUUCAUGUCAUUAUAUAAGUAUUUACAAGAUAUUAAAGACAGUACAACUUAAAAUAAAUAAAUGUUCAUUAGUGUUAUUAUAUUCUAUUAUUAAUGGGCACCAGUAUAUAUAUGUAUAUAUAUGUAUGUAUGUGUAGGUAUGAGUAUGAGUGUAUGAAUGAGUGUGUGGAUGUGAAUACGGAUGCAUGUAUAUGUAUACAUACAUACAUGCAUAUAUAUAUAUGCACAAUUCUCAUUGUGAUAUUUCAGAAAAAAAAUGUUAUAAUAGUAAAAAUUGCCAUCAUUCUUCUUAAGAAUAAUUAGAAAUUAAAGUAUUUAAAGUUAUAUUGAACUUUGUAGCAGCAGAUUUUCAUAUAAUUAGAACACCUGCCUGCUUCUGUGUUCAUGUCUGCUACAGGAAGCAAGGUUGUAUUCUUGUGGUGCUGGAAAGGGAAGUGGUAAGGUGAAUGCUGAGGACAUUAAUGUCACGAAGAGCUUUCAGAUUUCAUUUAGCCGUUGUCUCAUUAUUGUUGAAUGUCUUGCAGGCAUGCAAAUAUCUUCAUUGAAUCUAAGUAUAGUACUUUACGAGUCAGUCAAGUUGUUCAAGAUUUUCUGGGGUUGCAAAUGAUAUUUGGUUUCAACAUAAUUGGAUAUUUUUCUACAGUCACAUAUGUAAGUUGUAAUGAAGAUAUCUUUUAUAUAUUCGUAGGAGCCUUGACGAAUAAUAAGGAUUUUACCUAACUGAUAUCAAUGAACAUUUUAAAACAAUGAGGCAUUGGUAUUUAUAUGCAACUCUGAUAUUUUUCUUCCUAUUUAAGAAAAAAAUAUAUUGAUAAAAGAAAAAGAUCCUAAGCAAUGAAAAUACAUAUGAAAUUGGAAAAUAAUUAAAAAUUUGAUUUAUAUCUGAGUGUUGUCAUGGAGCACCAUCAGACUAUUUCAGUAGACACAGUGAAAGUACUGGUAUGUCUGUUGAUGACAACUGAAGUGCAAGAAAUAUGCAUUAACAGCUCUGUCUGCUUUCCUAUGGCCAUUUAUUUUAAUCUUUAGACAUGCUGCACCACUUGGAAACAUGGCUAAAAAAACGGCCAUAAUAAGUACAAGUAGUGGAUACCCUGGCUGACAGUGGUGGCACACUUUUUACUUAGAAAUAAAAAACAUACCAGAUGUGAUGUUGGUUGAUACUUAUUACCUGUGAAUUGCCAUUGUCUCCCAGAGGGCCACUAAAUUAGCAUUUAAGGUCUUACCAGUCACCAACCCCACCCAUGUAUUUUUAAGAGAAGGUUGUGAUGACUUGUCCAUGUUUGAGAAGACAUAAAUGUACAUAGUUGUUAAAGGUUCUCACAGACUCGUUUUUAAAAUUUGAUAACAGAACGUUGAAGUCACUGUGGUUAUUUUUCAAUCUCUUUUUGUAAUCAGUUAUUCUGUACAUGAUAAAACUACAUUCAUGUCACAUCAUAUAUGGGUAGGAUAAAUAUAACUUUCUUUUUAUGUUGAUCAUCACAUGAAACUAGUAUUCAGUUUGUGCAUAAGGAGUAACUACAACAGUAGUUUUAAUAGCAGCAUAACAAAAGCAGACUUGAGCACUAUUAUUCUGUAUAUUGGUUCAAAAGAAAUGCUUGCAAAACAUGACAGUGCUCAUGAUCUGUAACUGGCAGUUAAUUUCGGUGCUGCACAUAAGGCAUUAUUUGCUCCCUUUUGUGAUAUUUGUAUACGUAGCUUUGUGUUAGUUAGCCUGGUAUUUAAGAAAUAUUAUUUCGUAAAAUAUUAUUUCUUACUCUCAUAUAAAAUGUUUGUGAGUAAUUCAUAAACAAUCUUAAUUUGUGUUGUAUACUUUUCAUCUAUCUCUAUCUGCAUUUCUCUCUUUGCAAGGAUAUUUGCGUAUUGUGAUAGUGAGGCUUUUUACAGGGUGGUUGCUUUAUACAGUUAUUUACUUUGAUAUUUCUUUCUAUUAAUGAAUAAGAAAACCUCUCAGUUUCAGACCAGUUCACAUGAGAUUUCUAUUAAAUGAUGUAACACAUGCAAUUCAGUAUUUAAAGUUAUAUGUAAGUGCAUAAACAAAGGGAUAAUUUGCCCUUUUAUUUAUUGUAAAGAAUCUAAAUGUUUUUGCAUACCAUGUAUUUUUCUUAUUUGGUUAAUGGAGGAAUACAUUUUGUAAACAAACUAACAAUAUAGAUAAAAUCUCUACUCAUAUUUCUGCAAUGAACUGGUCUGACAUGGUGCUAGCAGGUCAUCUACAUCAGAGAAGAAACUGUGAUGACCUGAUUGUAUACAUUUAUGGCAUUACAGUAAUUUUCUUCUCUUUUCUUCAGAUCAUUUCUGGUAUUCUGAUAUUAUGUAGUUUCAUAUGCUUCAUCUUGAAGUGCAUUGUAUGAAAUUAAGAUAUACUCAUUUGGUAUACUUGCAUGUAUUUUUGUCCUGUUCUUUUUUUUCUUCUUUUUCUUUUUUGAGUCCAUUAUUUGUGCCCAUUGCUAUGACAGCUUUUAAUAUAAUUAUGAGAAGUCCCCUUGUACUGUGCAGUCAAACCCAAAGUGAGACUGUUAAAACAGAGACAUUACUAGUUUUGUACUGAUUAGAUCUUUUCUUGUAAAUAAAAAUAUCUCAUAAAUUGUAUAUAUGAUACAAAUUAAAAGAAUUUCCUUGC